AAAAAGGAAUCUGCAGCAGAGAUCCAGAGGAACCUACGAGACAAGGGAGCUCAGGGACUCCAGAAAGGUCUAUGGUUAGUAACUUUAACGGGACAGGAACAGAUAAAGGAAGUGAUGGGUUCUGAAAAAGUUAGUGUUUGUUCCAUUUCCUCUCACUGUUCCUCCUCUACUCUGAUAAUCCAGUAAAGGACGCUGCAGGGGCCUCAUUGGUCAACAGAGCUGUCAAUCAAUCAUAACUUUAAAAUGAAAUAACUAAUCAAACUAAAAUGAACACUGAGACAUAAAUCAGAAUAAUAAGACAUAACUGUAAUGACAGAAACAUGUCUGACAAACAUUGUGUUUGAUUUGAGAGUUUGACCCAUGUCCCAUCCGUUUCCAUGGAGGAGGCGGGGCUUAUGACCUAUACUGCAGACAAUCAGUCAGCAGGGGGCACUCUAAGCGCUUUUGGCUUCACUUUGGGAUGCUACUGUACAGUCUAUGUGGUGAACAUGAUACACAUUAUACAUUUUAACACAAGCAUGCAAAAAAUCUCACCCUGCCUCAAAAGGACGCGGACCAGCAGUCCUGUGAUUGGUCCGCUGGGUAGCAUCGUACACUCCUUCGUCUUCGACAUCCUCUCUCUUUUCUGCUUUGCAAUAAUUUCAGUGUGAUACGCUCGGAUCCAGCCGCCAUAGUUCUCUAAACAAACAACAGGAAACAGGAAACUGGUGGUAUGACUAGCAUUGUAAUUGCACUGCCAACUAGUGUUUGGGUGGAGUACUGCAGAGCGAAGCAGAGACAUACAGCAUACAGCAGGUAUAAACCAGGUCUAACACAGCUGCUAGCACGGCUGCAGACUCUUCUUCUUCAGUAUGAGUUCAUAUCUUUAAAUCUUAAUUGUUUCAUUUAUUCUUCAUUUUCACUUUAACUUCCUGUGUUCUAUGUUUCUGGAGGAGUGUGAGUGUGUUUCAACCAUCAGCACAUGAGCAGCACAACCGUCUUAAAGAGGAUUUAGAUAAAACACACAAUCAGCCCAGAGAAAUAUAACACAUCCUUAUUAUUAAAACAAACAACAAUAUUUGGGAAUGUAAUACCAGGAUGUGAAUGCAUGAGAGGGGGCGGUCCUUUCAGUCAGUCUACACUAAAUAAAUUUGAAUAAUUACUCAUGGGUGAGAUCACUUCCUGCUUCUCUCUCUCUUGAUAUCCCGUCAAACGUGUUCAUCAUCAUUCUGGUUGAGGAAAGUCCCGCCUGUCCCCGCUCAGGUGUAUUUAAACCUCAGCCGACUGGUGCUCGUCACAGCAUCCAGAGCUACAGCAGACUUCAGAUCAUCAACAUGCAGAGGUUAACCUUUAAGAGAGAGAACCAGGAGCUGAUACAGGCAGUGGAGAGCUCUUUUGGAGCUUCAGGGAAACCUUUAUCCAAACCUGGACGGGUUCUGAUGGGAGAGGGACGCCUGUUGAAGCAGGGGCGUCGUAAGCCUCAGCCUAAAGCCUUCUUCCUCUUCAACGACGUGCUGGUGUACGGCAGCAUCAUCCUGAACGGACGCUGGCACAAGAAUCAGAAGAUCCUGCCUUUAGAGGACAUCAUGCUGGAGGACGUGGAGGACGGUUUAUUGAUGACUAACCAAUGGCUGAUCCGCACACCGAGCAAGUCCUUCUUCGUGUCUGCCUUUUCCUACGAGGAGAAGCAGGCCUGGAUGGACCACAUCCAAAACUGCCGGUCCAGCCUCCUGCGUGAAGGCGGCGUUCAGCCCAGCCCGGUCUUCGCCAGCUCCUGGAUCCCAGACCAAGCCGCCUUCAAAUGCAUGCGCUGCUUACACACCUUCACCAAGACCAGACGACGACACCACUGCAGACAAUGCGGCUUCGUGGUCUGCAACUCCUGCUCCAACCAGCGAUCGGUGAUCACUAACAUCCACCCCACCAAGAAACUGAGGGUCUGUCGUCUCUGCCACAUCACCAGGGAGGAGGAGGAGAAACCUCGCUCCAGGUGGGGCAGCGAUGGAAAGACCAGCGAAGAGGAGGUCAGCGAUCCAGAGGAGGUCAGCGAUCCAGAGGAGCGAGAGCAGGAGGCGGAGCCCUACAUUAAGAUGGGCAUGCUGAAACGCAGGGCGAAGACAUCGGGGGGGAUGAGCAUCUACAACUACCCACGACCAAUACAUACGCUGUCCUGAUGAAGAGAACCACAGAGAGACUUUAAAAACAACUUCCAUCAUCAUCAUCAUCAUCAUCAUCAUCACGUGUUCAUAUGAACCAGGACGUCUCACAGAAGGAGGACAGCUCUGAAUAACACACAGCUGUAUCUGUGGAGAACAGCAGAGCACAUCAUGAACAUCAUACAUGCUGUAUUUUAUUUAUCAUCAUGCUCUGGGUUUGAGGAAGAACACUCACUAUGAAAUCACCACAAAGCACAAUUAUGUUGUAAAUAUGUUGUUAUUAUUAUUUAAGGCCACAGGCUGCUGGGACUCUUAUUUAUCCAGGCCUUGUUGUUGUUGUUGUUGUUGUUUAUUAUCAAUGUCAGUGUUUACAUGUGAAAGCGUGUUUGCACUCUACGCCUGCUUUUUGUAUUGAAACGAUCUUUGAACAAUAAAAAACGUUUGAACAUGUUAAA